AUUUUUCAAAUACUUUACUGUUAACACUGCUCCGACACGAAUAACCUCUCUUUCCCAAAAUUGGAAAAUCUAGGGUUUCGGCGAACUUGAACGUGAUCGCAUUCGCAUCACCCAAAUCACCCAAAGUUUCGAGCUGUUAACUGGUUUCAAUUGCUCUCUUCCUUGUUUGAUCCGAAACAGUGUGCGAAUUUUUCCCACAUUUGGAAGAGAAGAGAGACGAUGAGCGACGUCAAUGGUGAUCCCGCGGCAGUGAGCGAAGCCAAGGGAGGUUCUGACGCCGCACGGAUCGCGGAAGUGAAGGCGUGGCUCAUAUCCCAGUUUGAAGCCGCCGGCAGAGAAGUCCCCAAUUUCGACUACACUCAUCGAAGCAUCGCCCAUUUGUAUAAUCUCGCCACCGCUUCUCAAGCCAAGUCCCAGGCUGCAAGCAUUGUCGCCAACGAUUUUCGUCAAAAGGCUUCGGAAUAUCGUGCUCAAGCGGCUAGGAUUAGAGAGAUAUUGGAGAGUGCGGGAAUGGCUCAAGAGAGCUUACCUUCGAAUGUGGUCUCUUCAGCUCAAGUUCUUGCAAAUGUUGCAAAUUUGUUGAACAUCAGGGACACUGAACUGAGCAGUUUCCUUGUUGCAAUGGGAGACAUUUCUUUGAGGAAAACUGGAGUGGAGGAGAAAAGGGCGAAAGCACAGAAAGAGUCCAAUGUUCUUCUUGAUUAUACAAGGAAAGCGAUACAGAGGCUGACGUAUUUGAAGAAAAUCCUUGCGCAGCUAGAAGACGAUGUAGUCCCUUGUGAAUCACAAAUGGAGAAUUGGAAAACAAAUUUGGAAGUAAUGGCAGCAAAGGAGGAACAGUACAUACAGCAGUACAAGAAGUAUGAGAUGUUGCUCAACCGUGUUGGCUACACUUCUAAGAUCAGCCACAGAGAGCUGGUGGAAAUGGCAGAACACAGGAAGGAAUUGGAGAAGAUGACAAAACCUGUCCUUGAUACUCUAAGAAGCUACCAGGACUUGCCUCCGGACAAAGCUCUGGCUGCACUAGCAAUCGAAGACAAGAAAAGGCAGUUUGCAGCCGCAGAAAAGUAUUUAGAAGAAGUAUUACAAUCUGCCCUUGAGACAAGCGACGAGUGAUCGAUAUACAAUCUCCACCUGAUUUUGGCGACUAAGUGAGAGCAAGUGGUCUACAAUUUAUUUUUAUUUUUUUCGUUCAAUGGUCCAUAAUGUAUUAAUAUUCACUUUUAGCUCAAAUAAUAGUUUGUCUAUCAUAUGAACAUAUUAUUCUGAUUAUUAGUAUUAAAUACUGCCAGAAUUUGUGGCGUAGUUUGAACUUGCUGCCAAG